CAAACAAAUAUACAAAACAAAUAAAAUAGUAAACGUAUCUAAAACACCCGCAAGUUCACAUUGACCACAAGCUCAUCAUAUGACCAAUUAUUUUUCAUCUUUCUCUGUCUGAAUAAUACUGCAUGAACAUAAUCAAGAAGUGUGGAUGCAGAAAUAUUUUAUCAUGUUUUGAGGCUUAUGGGUGUCUGUCAUAGGAGUGUGCAAUGAAAUAUAGAGAUUUUUUCUGGGUUUUCUUGAUACCCUUUUUCCAAAUCUUGUUGAUCACUGAAAUAAAUUCUGUUCAUGGUCAAUGUCUGGAGGAUCAAAAGAACUUGUUGUUUCAGCUGAAGGAUGGUCUGAAGUACGAUACAAUGGUGUCGACAAAGAUUGUGAAAUGGAAUCAGAGCACGGAUUGCUGCAAAUGGGAAGGGGUGAGCUGCAAUACAAGUUCUGGUAAUGUUAUUGGCAUUGAACUGGAUGGAGAAGGAAUCUCUGAUGGGAUCAAUGGUUCAAGUAGUCUAUACCAAUUCCGGUAUCUUCAGAAACUGAAUUUGGCCUACAACAAUUUCAAUUCUACUGAAAUUCCAGCUGGGUUGUUUAAUCUUUCAAGUUUGACAUAUCUGAAUUUGUCAUACUGUGGAUUUGCUGGACAGAUACCAGAAGGAUUUUCGCAAAUGAAAAGGUUGGAAAUUCUUGAUUUAUCUACAUCUUUUGUAUCUGGAAAAGCUUCACUGAAAAUUGAGAAUCCAAAUUUAGAAAUGAUUGUUCAAAAUCUCAAAGGGCUUACCGAAUUGUAUUUGGAUGGUGUCAACAUGACAACUCAGGCAAACAGUUGGUCUCUAGCAAUAUCAUCUUCACUUCCUAAUUUGAGAAAGCUAAGCUUGAAAAGUAGUCAUAUAUCAGGUCCUAUAGACCCUUCUCUUGAAAGGGUUCAGUUUCUAUCAGAGAUUCGUUUGGAUCAGAACAAUCUGAGUGUCACAGUUCCAGAGUUUUUGGCAAACUUAAAAAACUUGACAGUUUUACAUCUCAGUUCUUGUAAUCUGCAGGGGAUAUUCCCCAAAAGGAUCUUACAAGUACCGACACUAAACGAUCUCGAUCUGUCAGACAACAAAGAACUGCGGGGUUCUGUACCAGAAUUUCCCCAAAAUGGCUCCCUUCGGACGUUGGUGCUCACAUUUACCAAUUUCUCAGGAACGUUACCAGAGUCUUUUGGGAACUUACGGUUGUUGUCUAGGAUGGAGAUAACGAAUUGCAACUUCAGCGGAAUGAUUCCAAAUUCAAUGGCAAACCUCACAAGCCUUGUCCGUUUGGACUUCUCAUACAACAAUCUUAGUGGUCAUAUUCCAUUGUUACAGAAGUCCAAGAACCUCACCUACAUAGAUUUCUCCCAUAAUAGAUUAUCAGGUACAAUUCCUUCUACGUAUUUCAUAGGACUUGACAAUCUUGUACAUGUUGAUCUUGGAUUCAAUGCGUUUAUGGGAAGAAUUCCUUCAUCAUUGUUCGCUCUCCCAUCAUUGAGACAAAUUAAGCUUUCCCAAAAUCAGUUUGGUGGUUUACUCGCCAAUUUUUCCGAUGCUUCGCGCUCACAGUUAGAUACACUUGAUUUGGGUAGCAACAACUUGAAUGGGUCUAUCCCAUUGUCUUGGUUUGAACUCAAACGGCUGAACAUUCUCUCCCUGUCCUCUAAUCAGUUGGCUGGCUCAUUGCAGCUAGAAAUGAUUCAUAAGCUUGCAAAUCUAACCAAUCUUGAUCUGUCGUACAACAGGUUGUCAAUUGAAACCAGUCACAACAGCUCAAGCGAGACUCUGCUCCCCCAGUACAGCACAUUUAAGUUAGCUUCAUGCAAGCUAAAAUCUUUUCCUCGUCUGGGAAAGCAAUUAAGAUUGUCUGUACUAGACCUAUCAGACAACCAAAUUCACGGAGCAAUACCAAACUGGACUUGGAGAAUUGGAUCUCUCACGAAUUUAAAUUUGUCUCGAAAUCAGUUAGUGAGUCUCCAAGAACCUUAUGCUUUUCCAAGAUUAAGUGUACUUGACUUGCACUCUAACCAACUGACCGGAAGAAUCCCAGUACCACCUGAAACUGCUUCAUAUGUGGAUUAUUCAGACAACAAUUUCAGUUCUUCAAUUUCUUUGGAUAUUGGCAAGAAUCUCACCUUUGCUUAUUUCUUUUCUGUUUCGAGCAACAAGCUGACUGGAACCAUCCCUGUUUCCAUCUGUGAAGCUACAUAUCUUCAAGUUCUUGAUUUGUCCAAUAACAAUUUUAGUGGAGUGAUCCCACCAUGUUUACUUGGACAGAGACAGUCUCUUGCUGUACUAAAUCUUGGGAAUAACAAAUUCAGUGGACAUAUCAACGGUACGUUUUUGGAGAACUGCGGUUUAAAAACACUGGAUCUGCAUGCAAACCAAUUACAAGGGAAGGUUCCGAAUUCUCUGUCCAAUUGCACAAUGUUAGAGGUUCUGAACCUGGGGAACAACCAGAUAAGUGAUACCUUUCCAUGUUAUUUAAAGAAUUCUUCAAAUCUGCGAGUCCUUGUUUUGCGUUCUAACCAGUUCCAUGGAGACAUCCGGUGCUCGGGGCCGAAGAGCCAUUGGCCAAAUCUUCAAAUCAUCGACAUAGCUUCUAAUAAAUUUACAGGUAAGGUACCACCGAAUUGUUUCUUGAACUGGACAGCAAUGAUGGGAUACAAGGACGAUGCACAAUCAGAGAUUAAUCACUUGCGGUUUAGGGUCUUAAAGCUUAAUAACUUCUACUAUCAAGACACCGUGACAGUAACAAGCAAAGGGCUAGAGGUACAGCUUGUGAAGAUCUUAACAAUCUUCAACUCCAUUGACAUUUCUUGCAAUCAGUUUGAAGGAAAUAUACCAGAAAAUGUGGUCCAACUCAAAGAGCUCUAUAUCCUGAAUAUAUCGCACAAUGCACUCACAGGCACGAUUCCACCAUUAAUUGGAAACUUGAAACAACUUGAAGCCUUGGAUUUGUCAACGAACAAGCUAAGUGGAAGCAUCCCGGCAGAGCUUGCAAAUUUAAACUUCCUUGCAUAUUUGAACUUGUCAAAUAAUCAACUGACUGGAAAAAUUCCACUUGGGACUCAGCUAUCAACAUUUGACGAAGGAUCUUUCAGAGGGAAUGAGGGAUUAUGUGGGAAACCCCUGAACAGAACAUGUGCUGUACCUGAAACUGGACCAUCCUCAGAACGAUAUAAUCGUCAAGAUUCAAGCUCAUCCUUUGAUUGGCAAAUCAUUGUCACUGGAAUGGGUUUCGGAGUGGGAGCAGCCAUAAUUCUAGGCCCUCUUCUGUUUUUCCAGAAAGGAACACAUUGGUUGAAUGAUAAGAUUGAUAAACUCGCUCAUAUCAUUCUCCAAAGUUUUGGAAUAAUAUGCACUCGCUACGACAUUGUGGAAGAGGAUCAAGACACAUACAAUGCAGCACACUCAGAUGAAGAAGACCGGACAACGGAAGAUACAACGUUUAGAGGAAGGUACUGUCUGCUGUGUUCAAAAAUAGACAUGUUCAGAAACACAGUUGUACAUGAUCCAAAAUGCAUGUGUCAUACCUCGACACCGGCGAAUUUCAGUUCCUCUAGUUCCUCCUUCUCUACUUCUUCCUCAAACAAGACACCUUAGAAUCUUAAAUUUCUUUCUUUCAAUAUCCCUGCUGUAUUUAUUAUUGUAUAGCAUCAAAUCUAGAAAUAAAUUAGAUCAAUUUUUUACAAUUCCA